AUGACCCACCAAACCCACGCUUACCACAUAGUAAACCCCAGCCCAUGACCACUUACAGGAGCCCUAUCAGCCCUCCUGAUAACAUCAGGACUAGCCAUGUGAUUUCACUUUAACUCAACCUUACUUCUAGCUAUAGGGCUAUUAACUAACAUCCUUACCAUAUAUCAAUGAUGACGAGACAUCAUCCGAGAAAGCACAUUCCAAGGCCAUCACACAUCAAUCGUUCAAAAGGGACUCCGAUAUGGCAUAAUCCUUUUUAUUAUCUCAGAAGUCUUCUUCUUCUCUGGCUUCUUCUGAGCCUUUUACCACUCAAGCCUAGCCCCCACACCCGAACUAGGCGGCUGCUGACCACCCACAGGUAUCCACCCCUUAAACCCCCUAGAAGUCCCCUUACUCAACACCUCAGUGCUCCUAGCAUCUGGAGUCUCUAUCACCUGAGCCCACCAUAGCCUAAUAGAAGGAAACCGUAAAAAUAUGCUCCAAGGCCUAUUCAUCACAAUUUCACUAGGCGUAUACUUCACCCUUCUCCAAGCCUCAGAAUACUAUGAAGCCUCAUUUACUAUUUCAGAUGGAGUAUACGGAUCAACAUUUUUCGUAGCAACAGGGUUCCACGGACUACACGUAAUUAUCGGAUCUACCUUCCUCAUUGUAUGUUUCCUACGCCAACUAAAAUUCCACUUUACAUCCAGCCACCACUUCGGAUUCGAAGCAGCCGCUUGAUACUGACACUUCGUCGACGUAGUCUGACUAUUCUUGUACGUCUCUAUUUAUUGAUGAGGAUCCU